AGGGAGGAAAGAUAAGCCAAGUUUGUCUAUAGAUCAGGGGCAGGAGUCACAAAACUGAAGAGGAAGCAAAACACUUUCACUCUACUGGGAGAGAUCGUCCAGCAGUACAGUACAUUUCUUCCACUGCUGCUGCAAAGAGAAAACCAGGAAAAAAAGGACUCUGCAAGGAGGAAUCAGCUCAGAGAAAUAGAAACUCAACGCAAAGGAGGGAAUCAACCCAAAGCCAUGAAGGACAAACUUAGACGAGGAGGUGGGAGAAAUCAAGUUAAGACUGAUGUACUCAGCCAGUCUAGUGGCAAUAAUUCAGUUGCCGUCAAGAAAGAUGACGAGACAUCCUUUCCUGUAAAAAUCCAGGGAGCCGGGGUGGAGCCAUUUGAACUGCAGGUUAAUGGCUUUUGGCUUGUUCAAGAUGCAAUAUUGAACGUGCUUUCGAGAAAUGAGGUCUGUCCACGUUCCAACUUGUCUCUGGCUCUAGCUGGUCAGACUCUGGAUCCCCUUGCAGAGCUGCAGAGCCUCAAGGGUCUGAAAGCAGGGGUCAGCAUGCGCCUCGUAGAAGAGCCGUACACUUACCACUCAGCCAGACUGCAUCUGGCCCGUGUUGUGGAGCUGCUGAGAGCCCCUGGCCCUCAGGAUGCUUUAAGGGAAGGACGCUCACCAAGCGUCCUGGAAGCAGUCACGCAAACACAAGCUCCCGAUGCUGCCUUACCAAACGGAAAAAACCAGAAGCGUACUGUUACCAAUUCAAAAUCAGAAGUAAGCAGCCAGGAUGGAAGUCCACCUGAGUACCUCCUCCCUGGCUCCUCGGAGAGGCCGCUCAUGGCUCUACUGCCUCACAGCUCCCAGACAGAGGUCCCCAGUUACCUGAAAGACUUAUCUCUCAGUUGCUGGAACCCACCUCCAGGACACAGGAAGCUGCAGGGAGACUUCAUGUACAUCACAGUGUUUACAGUGGAGGGACGACGUUGUGACAUCACGUCCUGUGUAAAAGGUUUCUUCCUCAACAGAUCCACUGAAGAUGCAUUUGAUCCACGCCCUGCACAGUCUUCUGUAGUUUACCACUGCCUCACAGACCUGCUCUGUCACAUCAGUCCUGCUUUCAAACAAACAUUUACCACCCUCAAAACCAGGCCUCAGCAACCAGCAGUGGAGGUGACUCCCACUCCUUACCACACUCUGAGCUGGCUCGGACCUCCCUGUGCCUCUCGGGCCCACAAAAACUCCUACAGUAGGCUGGGUUUGGAUGAACAGGCAGCAACGCAGGCUCCAGAUUGGAAUGAGGAGUUACAAGGGGCCAGAGAUCUUCCUCAGGGAAGUCUGGAGGAGAGGGUGCAGAGAGACCGAUCUGUUCUACAGGUUAACGGGGCAUUUGUGAGGGCUGUCAUGCAAGGAGCAGAAACCAUCAUAGAUGGGUUUGUUGAACCAGUGAAUGGAAACCCAGAGGACCCAGCUUUCCUAUGGGGUGGCCUGUUCAUGAGCCAAGGGGCAGGCGGUGGGAUGUUUGGCAAUGAAAGGGGUCGCAGGGCAGCUCAGAGACUGGAGCUAAAAGGCGUUCAGGCUUACAGUGACUUGGAGGGGCUGCAGGGACUGCACACUCUACCUACAGCCAUCGUGGACUACAGAGGAGUGCGACUGUCUGCUCAAGGUCUGGCGCCUGGCUUAGAAGGCUCGGAACAGGGAGAGGAAUCCAAUGCUGCUUCAAGAGGUUUGCUUUAUGGGGUGAAUGCAGGACCCCAGGAGUCCCCCCAUCGCAGAAAGCUGCUUGCCCUCUUGGCCCAUUCAGCCAAAUCGCUUUCCCUCCAGAGACACGUUGUUCUAACACCUAAUGGUCAUAAAGUACCGCUCUUCACUGCCGCGGAUGCUCAGGGGCUUCUGGGAGCUGACGGGCGGUUCUACUUACUAGACGUGUUUCGGACCUUUCCUGCUGAUGCUAACUUUUGUCCAGAGACGGAAAGCCACACACCUACUGAAGAUGAAAAUACAAACAAAAGCUGUGAACAAGAGCUGGAGAAAAAUGGCUGUCAAAAAGAGGGCUUUCCGAGGAAUUACUGUGCCUCUUCUGGGCUUCCAAGAAGCUUUCCUCACCGCCUUUGCAGGCUGAGACCGGAGUUGGUGCAGGCUUUCAUCCAGCACAAACACUCCCAAUUCACGCAGCUUGUCAGAGAAAAGCUGGAUGAGAAUGGAGGUUUUGAAAACUGCGCACUAGCAUCUGACUCACGGUCCACUGAUGCCAUGCGAGCCGCAUGUCAGGAAGUGGGGUCACUUAGUGACAUCAUCUUUGAGAUGCGCUUCAACCCAAAUGUUUUUUCACCAGGAAUAGCUUUUCCUCCAAGUGAAAAGGCAUCAAUAAAUCUGCAGGAAAGGUUGCUGAGGGAAGCUGCAGCUUUCAUCAUCACAGAUCAAAUCCCAGCCUUUAUACAAUGUUGCUUGCAAAGCAGAGAAGCACCAAUGGACGGAGCAUCUCUUAAACAUGCGCUGCACCAGAAAGGCAUCAAUGUCCGAUACUUGGGGCACGUGAGCAAGUCCAUCAUCCAGUCAGAACACAAGGAGCGACUCAGGCAUAUAAUGAGGUCAGUUAUGGGAGACAUUUUCAUCUGCUCAGCCAGAAGAGUAUUCAACACUUUCCUUCAGGGUGUGGACGUACCAAGUUUCUCUGCAGCAGUCAGCCACUUCCUCAACUGCCUGUUAGUCCCAAACUUCUCAGCCUCUUUUGUUGGAGAGGAAACCAAGAAAAAGUCGAGGCGGCGCGGCCGCACUGCUGGAUCUUCUGAAACCACACCCUGGAGCCUGCUGACAGGUGCUGAGCUGUGGAAUCUGGUCUGCCAGGAUGCAGCUGAAACAUACGACGUCUCUGACAGCCUUGGCUCUGGUCCAAGCCACCUGGUGGAACACUUUGGCCUUCAAAAACUCUCUUUGCUCAGAGACUUCUGCUUGAAGACUGGACUGCAGUUGAGACUCAGAGACUACUUCCUGGAAACUCAAAGCAAAGCCCCCAUCAGUCCAGACGACAUUCUGAACAUCUUCCCUGUGGUCAAACACAUUCACAUGCCGACUGAGGACGCCGUAAAGGCCUUUCGUGCCGCACAGAACUUCCUUCAGAAAGGUCUGCUGGAACAGGCCCAUGAGAAGUUGAAGGAAGCAGCAUACCUCUAUGGUAGGGUGUGUGAUGACCUCCACCCUGAUGCCUGUUUCUGCAACAGCAUUUUGGCAAAGGUGACCUUCCUGCAGGGGAAAUCAGCAGAAGCUCGGAGCGUGCAGCUGAAAGCAGUGGUCAUGAGUGAAAGAGUACUAGGCUUUGACCAUCCCAACACCAUUCAGCAAUAUGCCCUCCUGGGAGUGUAUGCAUAUGCUGGAGGGGAAACAGCCCUGGCUCAGAGAUGCUUCUUCAGAGCUCGUCUACUCAUCCUCACAAUCCACGGUGAAGACCACCCAUACACUGCAACUGUGGAUAGCUGUCUCGGCCUGAUGCUGACUGAAGAUCCAACCGGGCAGUUCCUAAAGAAUGCGCUGAGACUCAACAUUUCCUUCUUUGGCCUCAAAGAUUUUAACACUGCUCUCACUCAGCAUCUGCUAGCUCAGUGGAUGUGCAGGAAGGGUGACUACAGAAGUGCCAUGACCCACGAGAAAGAAGCACUCACGGCCUUCACUUCACUGUUUGGCGAGGACCAUCCACAGACUUGCUGCAGCAAAGAGUUUCUAAGCACCAUAACCAAGCAGGCGGUGAAGGUGGAGCGCACUCUCAGACAGGCAGGAGCUGACUGCACCGAGCAAACCAUUGAGUGCUUGAACCCAACAACUGAAACAAUUCUGGAGCAGAUGGUUCUGGUCACAGGAAUCAGAAGAAUUUCACGCAGUGACAGGUUCAAUGAAUUCAAGCAGAAGCACCUGGAACGGAAGGUAGCAGCAGCCAAAGAACUGGGAAUCAAACUGAUUACCGGCUCUGCCAUUACAGACCUCAUUAACGCAAGAGAAGGAAUUUCAAAUAGGGAAACAGGAAACUGGAAGGAGGUUCAGGAUGGGAGACACAAAGCCGAGGAAAACGGGGGAGAAAUCCAGGAGCAGCAGCCUGCGGAAGACCAAUCUAAGACUGCAGCUACCGUAUCAGCUCAUAGCUGUGAGGAAAAGGCCGCUGAGCAGAGCAAAGAUGAGGGAGAAAGUAGCACAGAGGCUGUAGCUGUUGAUGCCAAGAAAGAGAAAAAUGAUGAGGAACAUGGUGCAAUGAAUGGAGCUGUGGACAGCCCUGUCAGCCCAUCCAGCCUUAAGAGUAAACUGACAUGGGCAGAUAUCGUUGGUUCAAAAGCAGUCAAUGGAACAGGAAGUAAAACGGUAAACGGAGCAGACAGUGUCGCUGUCAGUGGAGCGGCUAAAGAGUGAAGGCAUAAAGAAUACUGGGUUUGGGAGAGUUUAAAAGUCACUGCUGUAAGGCGAACCGAAGAUUUAAGCUGUAAUGUGAUUUAAAGCAGGACGAGUGUUACUUUAUUCAUAAAAAACUUUCUGUCUGUAAAUGCACCAUAGUUAUUACAGGAGGUGAUCAGCUGUAAUGUGACUAAACGGCUGAUGUUUUUGGAUACAUUCUGACUUUAACACUAGCCCAGCAAUUUUUUAAAACAUUUUUUUUAUUCAACAAUGCUUGUGCUCCAUACAGAAAAACUGAAAUUCUUGUUUUUUCUUUAAAUCUUUUGUCUGAAAACAACGUUGUUCUUUUGUUGUUGCAUUUGUUCAAACCUUCUUUGUGAUUUGAUGUCUCAACUUUCUUGAUCCUGUCGAGUGUUGUGCUGUGAAAAAGUAUUCCCAAGUUUUAAUAAUUUGUUCAAAAUAAAUUCUUGGUGAGUUUUUAAUCGGUUCUAAUUAAAUUACUUACAGACAUAUGUUGAUAGUGUAUGGGGUGCUAAUAAUGCAAGUCUUGUGCAACAAAGCUGGUAUUUGAGGUUACAUUUUUCAUUUUCCCUAAGUUUGAAGUACACUUCCAUUUUCAAAACUAUUUGAAUAAAAAUGUGUUUUUGGAA